GGUGACACCAGACACACUACUGAAUGAGCUUGGCACGCGAUGCGGGAGGUGCCAAGGCGGGCAGUAUGACAAGACAGACGGUGCACCAAGGUGGGCAAGGAGGCAAGCGCCAAUGCGCACAGGGCAUUUCGCAACGUUGGGUGCCUUGAGCGCUGGCGUGGGCGACAUUGGGCGCUAG